CCAAGACCUAACUGACAGGGGCACACGCAAUACAGGCACAGCUUAACAAGUAACAACCGAAAACCCACCCCCUUCUCUCUCUCUCUCUCUCUCUCUCGCCUACUGUUUCACUACUCUCACUAGUUAGUUGGCCCCCAAGAGAAAAUGGACGACGAGGCGCAGAAAAUGGAGGCUCUGAAGAAGGCGUACGCGGAGAUAAUUCUGAACACGGCGAAAGAGGCGGCGGCGAGAGUAAUGGCAUCGGAGCGCAAGGCUCUCCGGUACCAGCACGAUCUGCAAUUUACGAAAGACGAGGCGCUUCGCGUGCUUUGCCGCUUAAAGCAAAUGCUCGAUUCCAAGACAAGUGAAGCGGAGAUAACUUCUUUGAGCCAACAAAGAAAGAUUGAAGAGCUUGAAGCGCAGCUCCAAGAGGCGGAGGAUAUCAUAACUGAUCUGAGAUCAGAGUUGAAACAAGUAUGGAGUGAAUUGGAGAGGGUAAAUAACAACCAAGUGAAGCCUUUGGACGAACAAAUGACGAUUGAAGAUGCAUCAUUUUCCUACAAUCCGAUACCUGAGCCCAUCAUACUAUCUUCUUUAGCUUCAGAACAUGAAACUAUUCCAACUUCUGGCCCAAAGAACAUCGAAGUAAAUAGAGGUAUUGAGCAUAAGUGCUGUAAUGAAAUGAAACGAAGUGUUUCUGAUUUGGAUAAAUUGUUUGCACCUGACUCUGACCUUGCCUCAAUAAUCAUGAGACCCAAGGAGCCUGAGCUGCUCAGAAAUGGAUGCACACAGAGAAUUCGUGCUUUUGAAAGAAACUUACUUGAUGAUAAACCGCUGCCCUCUGGAUAUGUAGACAAUAGCAUUUGCCAUGAGAAGAAUGAGUUGGUCAUCAAAGCAAAUGACAAGGAGGAAGAAAAGUGUGAUUCACCCUCUUUUAGCGACAACAGCGUGGAAGUAGUUAAUGGCCCAUCUUUGGAAGAGACCAAAAGGAAUGCUAAAGUGCACACAUUACGAAGAAGGCAGACUGGAUUUGGGAAAGCCAAAACCUCGGGCCGAUAUCGUCCUAGUGAGCUCAUGAAAUCUCACCAACAAACUUCUGUUCCUUCUCGUUGUAGAGUGUAUUCGGUCAAUGGAAAUGAUAGUUCUCAAAAAGAAGCUUGCAUCCUGCCCUCUAUCGAGACCAAGAAUGUAGACAUGAAAGGAACUUCCAGUGGGUUGGAAGAAAGUUUGCAGCAUAGUAGCUGCUAUUUCAUGGACAGAGUUAAGAAUAUUCCGAAGGGAAAAAGAAAAAGGAAAAUGAAAAGUAAGGAUGACAUUACAACCUCACUCACGACUACUGAUCAGCCAUCUUCUGUUCUGUCCCGCUGCAGGACUUUUGCGUAUUUACUUUAUGGUGGUGUGAAAUCUUGGGAAGAUCAACCAAUCACAACUGAAAAUGCGGCUAAGAUGAAGCCAUUGCCCCGUCUGGAUCGUGGGUUGAGAUUAAUGAGAAAUGAUGUGGAUCCUAUAUCAGGGUCAGCUAGUGUCGCGGUGAGCAUGAAGGGGAUGAAUAAAUCUGGAACUGUCCAGGAUGCAGCAGACAAGGACAUGGAGUUGAUAGAUGUGCCUGUGUUGAUGACGGAAAGUGAUGGUAUUGAGAAUUCAGAGGCCCUGAGUUCUGAACUCGACCUUUGUUCUUGUCAUUGA